GGCGCAUGCCUUGACGUGGAGUCUAUCAGGGCCCCUCUGGCUGCUAUGUGGGGGACAGACAGUCGGCCAUGGUGGAAGCAGUGAAGCCAGUGAGGAGGAGACGUCCAGGAUGAUGGGGGCUGAGUCAGGAUGAAGGGAGUGGGGGUGGGAGGAGUGACUGGAUUCUGGAGAUAUUUCCAAAGUACGGGCACAUAUUGGAGAAAGCGCUGCUAAGAGCAUGGGGGUGAGAGGUGACCGGCCCCUAAUGUCUGUGACCCUCACCCCCAGGCCACUCCACAUUGCCGUGGUGCAGGGCAAUCUGCCAGCUGUGCAUCGACUCGUCAGCCUCUUCCAGCAUGGGGGCCGGGAGCUGGACAUCUACAACAACCUCAGGCAGACCCCGCUACACCUGGCUGUGAUCACCACUUUGCCGUCUGUGGUCCGGCUACUGGUGAUGGCCGGUGCCAGCCCCAUGGCCCUGGACCGCCAUGGCCAGACAGCAGCCCACUUGGCAUGUGAGCACCGCAGCCCGACCUGCCUGCGAGCCCUGCUGGACAGCGCCGCCCCGGGCACAGUGGACCUGGAGGCCCGCAAUUAUGACGGGCUCACUGCCCUGCACGUGGCCGUGAACACCGAGUGCCACGAAGCGGUGCUGCUCUUGCUGGAGCGUGGCGCGGACAUCGACGCGGUGGGCAUUAAGAGCGGCCGCUCCCCACUCAUCCACGCCGUGGAAAAGUACAGCCUGAGCGUGUGUAGCUGCUGCCGCCGCACGGCGCCAACGUGAACGCGCAGAUGUACUCGGGCAGCUCCGCG